AGGACGAGAGCAGGGAACGGUGAGAUUUCAUGCUGUGUUAGCAUCCCCUCAGCAACUCCAUCAAUACUGCAUACAGCUGGGAAACUGGCAAAGGUCCUCCGUGCUGCAUUUGCAAGCUCGGCCAGGGAAAAGAAAGCAACUCCCACGACCGGUCUGCUCAGUCUGCUGCUGGAGGGGGGCUCUCCGCGAGGGGCAGAGCACACUUACACUCUCACUUCGAGACUCUGCUGCACCAAGAGGCAGAAGAGGACCAUACGGAGGGACGCCCAGACCGGGAAUACUCCAGUGGACAGAGCCAAUCCCGGAGAGGGACAGGACUGCUGGGACACUCGUGUGCUAAUAUGCUACCGUGCUCCCCCAGGGGAAGCUGAGCACCAGGGAGUUUGACAGGAUUUCAGUGCACCUGCUCCAUACACACUGAUUAUGUGGAGGAGCUGAUGUGUGCGAUGGCCAGCCAGGACCUGCAGGUUCUCAUAUACACAGCUCUGUGUUAUCGUUACCGCCCAACAAAGCAGCCCAUCCCGAGAAUCUGACCGCACCGCCCCUCGCUCUCCCCCUUCCCUCCCUCUCCCUGGGUGUCCCUCAAUCCUGGGCCCACCAUGGGAGGAUGCUUCUCCAAACCCAAACCAGUUGAAGUUAAAGUGGAACUCUCUCUCCUGGAAAAAGAAAAAGAGGUGGACGGGCUGUCACCUAAUGGCAAAGCGAGCCCCUUUGCUGACUGCAGACCUAACGGCGCCCUGGGACACGGCUCUGAUGAUGACUCCACCCCGCUGCCCCUCUACCACAAACCACGGGACUACGUGGAGGCCUCCGUCUGUCACGUUAAAGACCUGGAAAACGGACAGAUGCGAGAGGUUGAUCUGGGCAGUGGCAGAGCGUUGUUGAUCAAACAACACGGAGAGUUCUCCGCCAUGGCCCACAAGUGUUCACACUACGGCGCACCUCUGGUCAAAGGGGUGUUAUCAAAGGGACACGUGCGCUGUCCGUGGCACGGUGCGUGUUUCAACAUUGCAACAGGAGACCUGGAGGACUUCCCCGGGCUGGACAGCCUGCCUACCUUCCAGGUCAGAGUUGAAAAGGACAAGGUGAUCAUUCGCGCAAACAAGCAGGCUCUUCAGUCGCAGAAAAUGUCAAAGCCCAUGGCCCGAUGCUCAGCAGUCAUUAACUCCAGCAUGGGCUUCAGCCAUGUUCUCAUCAUUGGCUCAGGUCCAGCAGGUCUGGUGUGUGCAGAGACACUGAGGCAAGAGGGCUUCACCGAUCGCAUCGUCAUGUGCACCAUGGACAGGCAUCCUCCAUACGACAGGCCUAAACUGAGUAAGUCCUUAGAGAGCACAGCAGAGCAGCUGAGAUUGCGCUCAAUGGACUUCCUGCAGGAUCACGACAUUGAACUGCUCACAGAGAAAGAGGCUGUGGCGAUAGAUGUGAAAACACGUUCUGUGACCUUUGAAGAUGGCUUGAGUAUGGAGUACAGGAAACUCUUUAUUGCUACAGGAAGCACACCCAAACCAAUGGUCUACAAAGGAAAGGACGUCAGGAACGUGUUUCACCUCAGGACGCCCGAUGACGCUAACAGCGUAGCGCAGCUGGCCAACAACAAGAACGCUGUGAUUGUGGGAACGUCUUAUGUUGGUAUGGAGGUGGCAGCAGCUCUAACUGACAAGGCCCACUCAGUGUCUAUCAUUGGGAUUGAGACAGUCCCCUUUAAAAAAGCUCUCGGGGAGAAAGUAGGGAAAGCCAUAAUGAAGCUGUUCGAGGUGAACAGGGUGAAGUUCUACAUGCUGAACGAGGUGUCAGAGAUGAUUGGCCAUCAUGGAGAGCUGAAAGAGGUGGUACUGAAGAGUGGAAAAGUCCUGCGGGCAGACGUGUGUGUCAUCGGCGCAGGAAGUAUUCCUGCAACGGGCUUCCUGAAACAGAGCGGCAUCCACAUGGACUCCAGGGGCUUCAUCACUGUUAACAAGAUGAUGCAGACAAAUGCUGAUGGGGUUUUUGCUGGAGGAGAUGUGGUGGUGUUUCCUUUCCCGCCACGCAACAACAAGAAGGUGAACAUCCCCGUCUGGCAAAUGGCUCAUGUACACGGAAGGGUGGCAGCUCUGAGCAUGAUGGGCAGAGCCGCUGACAUCAAAACUGUGCCUUACUUCUGGUCUGCCAUGUUUGGGAAGACCAUACGCUAUGCAGGUUAUGGUGAUGGAUUUGAUGACGUCAUUAUACAAGGAGAUCUGGAUGAACUGAGAUUUGUGGCGUUUUACACCAGGAGUGAAGAGGUGGUCGCUGUUGCCAGCAUGAACUAUGAUCCUAUUGUAUCCCGAGUGGCAGAAGUCUUGGGAUCCGGAAAGACGAUUAAGAAACGAGAUGUGGAGAUGUUAGCACGGCUUGGCAAGACUGGAGACAUUUCUUGGCUGAUUGACAAAGGCUCUCAAUGACUUCACAUCUGAAGGACAGACCCAAAGUCCACUGGACAACUCAAUAUGGACACUUAUGGUGCUGAGAAACUGAGCAGCUAUCCCGGUCUGGAUACACACACACACACACACACACACACACACACACACACUGGGGACAGGACCGUGUCUGUUGGAGACACACUCUCCUGAGGACGACACUGAGACUUGCUUUUGUUCCUGAGAGACACUUAAGGUGACAAACGGAGCCGUGCACGGUCUGAAUACACUGAAUCGCUGUGUUGGUGGGUCUUUCAUUACAAAUUUCACAAACAAAGCCAGAUUCAGCCUCUGUGCUGCUGCAAGAUGUAUCUACCUGUACACUUUGUUUAUAAGAAGCCAGGGAUGGGCAUUGGCAUUUUUUUGUACAAAUAACAUUGUAUAUAGAUAUAAUCCUGAAUGCACUGUUACAAGAUAAGAACAUACAAUUUGAACUGAAGUUUUAAAUAACAGGUUUGGUUGUAUGCUCACAUUCAGGCCUUAGAUCUGCAUGCUAUAACUUACUUUGAUGGAUGAGUUAAAAAAAACAAGUCCCUAAACUGUGAGUAUUCAAUUUAGAUGAAUCCGCAAAAAAAAAUCUAAAAUCUGCUAAAAAAAACAAACUGCAGAAGAUCCCUGAACGCAGCUUUAACAGACUCACUAACACACACAUGCAGCUUUAAUUUGUGAUAAAUGACAAUUUGUAGAAUUACAACAUCUGUGUGUUGGCUGUCUUGCUACUGUAUUAGAUUGAACAAAUUCAAUUAAAUCCUACUUUGAUCACAGACUAGUGCAUGCACAAUAGAUUCAUGUAUUUUCCAGAGAAUACCCCUUUAGAUCAAUCCAAUAUAGAAGUUUCGGGUUAUUUUUGAUAGCGGUCAUCUCCAUUGGGAUAUUCUUUGUUACUAACUCAGGGAACUGAGGUUUGUCACCUGGACUUACAGGCAAGAUAAGCAGAAAUUAAUUUGUUGCUUUCAUACUUGUUUUCCCAGUUAUUGUAAUUUCACCGGUUCUCUUAUGUUCAUUCAGAAUUGCUUGUAAUGGGUAUAAAGCGGAUGCUUGAUUACAUCCUGGUGUGCCGAUGUAAACCCUGAGUCAACUCAGCGUUUUAAAAAGCAUCAUUCUUCCUGCAGAGAAGCCCGGAAGGGCAUUUUUAUAACUAAACUUUUAAAUAAAAGUCUUCCAACAAUAACUGCUCACUGCUUUACAUAACGUCUCAUUCUCAUGUUACUCCACCUGUUGUUUGUGUGUGCAUUCUUCAGUUUAUUAAAACCAGGAGAACAGUAAAUAGUGAGCAGAGUGAAAGUCAGUCAAAAAUGUUUAAUGAUUUUCAAGUGACAUAGCAUAGUUUGCAGGAGUUUCAUUCUUUGAGUCGGGAUUACUGAAAAACAUCUAGUCAGUUGAGCCUCGCUUUCAUACAAUAUAAAUAUUCUGGGUAAAAUUACACAGAAUAGAUAAAUUCACACACGUACAAGUUUCACAAAUUUAUAAAUGAAAUAUCUCAUAAAACAAAGAUGCUUCCUAAUGAGGACAAUACCUGGGAGGCAUCUAACACACACAGUGCAAACUGACAGUGUUCACAAUGAUAUUGCAAACGACCCGUUGAGGUUUUUCUACAUUAUUUGGGUAAAAAGCACCUUGAAGACUUAUAAAUAUAUCUAUAAAAAGUGGAGUAAAGGCAUUACAUGGUGUUGUAGUCAUCAAACUAGAUUUGAGUUACACAGAUCUAUAGACAGCAUGAAGGGUUCAGCGUUCAUUAACUAGGAGAUACACAUGAAAGCAGGGACAGACUCCACUGCUCACCAGUUUCACUAUACUGUUGUGAUAAAGUAGUUUUUGUAAGUACUAUCACAUGAUGAUGAUUUAUCAAUGAUAAUAUCUGAUGGCUGCACAAAUCACACAACAAAACAAACAUGGACAGAGACUCUUUGGAGGCAGGAGAAAGCUUCUUAUUGGUAUGAAGAUUUGACAAAAUGUCCGUCUAUAAUGCCUAAGUAUUAUCACAGCUAACAGUGAAACACAAGAGAAGGUCAUUCUAGCACCUUGUAAAGACAACAUGACUUCAGGACGGUGCUGUGACAUUUGAGGACUUCGACUAUAUGAAGAAAUUAAGGGGAAAAAAUUCUGGCAUCAACGUUUAUGUACUACAAAAACUGGAAAAAAAAAAGAUUCACAUUAUGAAAUUGUUUUCAUCAAACAACUAACAAUGACUGCUUCUCCUGUACUAACUAAUAAAGGCACUUGAUCUUUAAGAAGCUCUUGAGAUGAUACACGUUGGCAGAGAUAUCUGCUGCAUUUUGAGGCACAUCCCCGACUGAGAGGAGAGAAACCUGAUCAUUUGGUGGAUCGUCAUCUGCUUAAAAAGUCCC